GUCGGGGCAACUCUGAAUUAGUGCGGUUGAAUAGACGAAAACAUCUAGAUUCAUACAGCUUUGCCCGGAAGGAGCGUUCGUCUCUCCCGACCCCUAACGUCAGCCCGAACCUUGAACCCUCGCACAACCGAUCGCGGAGUUGAACUCUCUCCUGAUGGAGAGGUUGCUGUCUCGAAUCGCUCGGAAUCGCUUUGCUCCCUUCGUCUCGAGGAUAAAGGCCAGACCAUUCAGCUCCUCUACUAUCUCUGCGGAUCCUCCGAAGGAACACAUCGUCUCCUCCGCCGCUAUCCUUAACGAGCCCCCUCCGGCGACCCCUCAGCCUCCUCCUUCAUCUUCUUCGGGCGUGACCGGCUCCGGAAGAACCUGGGGCCUGCUCAAGUUCGGGACCAUCGCGGCUAUCACGAGUGCUGUCGGCACUGCUGCUUAUGCCACCUACGCAUAUACUGCAGAUGAAGUGGACCAGAAGACGGAUACCUUUCGAGCAUUAUCAAAUUAUUCUGUAGGAGAUGGUGCAUCUUCUUUGGAAAAAUUUCAGGCCAUGUUGUACUCUGCAGCUAUUAAAGUGCCCGCCAAGGCCAUUGAGCUAUAUAUUGAUUUAAGGAGAUCAAUUGAAGAACAUGUCCGGGGCUUUACCGAACCUUCAUCUGACAAGCUUCUCCCAGAUUUACAUCCUCAGGAACAACAUGUCUUUACACUUGUUCUGGACCUCAAUGAGACACUAGUGUACUCUGAUUGGAAGCGUGAAAGAGGCUGGAGAACAUUCAAAAGGCCUGGCGUUGAUGCUUUCUUGGAACAUCUUGCCAAAUUCUUUGAAAUCGUUGUAUACUCCGAUCAGUUGAAUAUGUAUGUUGAUCCUGUCAUCGAAAGAUUGGAUCAGAAAGGUUGUAUUCGCUAUAGAUUGUCUAGAUCUGCAACCAGAUACAGAGAUGGAAAGCACUUUCGGGAUUUGUCAAAGUUGAACAGAGAUCCAGCACGAACUCUUUAUGUCAGUGGGCAUGCUCUAGAGUCUACCCUUCAGCCAGAGAAUUGUGUUCCCAUCAAGCCAUGGAAACUUGAAAACGAUGAUACGGCUCUUCUGGAUCUAAUACCAUUUCUUGAAUACAUUGCUGUACACCGGCCUGCUGAUAUAAGACCUGUACUUGCAUCUUAUCAAGGCCAUGACAUAGCUGCUGAAUUUAUAGAGCGUUCAAAAGCACAUCAGAGGAGGAUGCAAGAACAGAAGCAGCACGGUUAUUUUUGGAGGCGCUGAAGCUCGUGCCUUGUGAGCUUGAAAAUGUUGGAGACUGGACAAAGAGUUCUAAGGACGAGGGAUUGUUGUUGAUCAUGAACCCUAUUUUCAGGAGCUAUUGUGGGAAAGAGUGGUUUUCUGGUAAAAAUAUUCAUUUUAAAAUAAGCAGAAUUCGUGAAAGUAUUCAUUUUCCCAGUUGAUUUUUGGUGAAUUU